AUGACUGAGAAAGAUAAAGAUGAAGUAGCUCUUCAACGUUUUGUUGAAUAUAUUCAAAUAAAAACAGUUCAACCUGAACCUGAUUAUGAUAGUGCAAUGAAAUUUUUGAAAAAUUAUGCACAAGAAUUGGGUUUAGAAUAUCGUGCAGUAACAUUAGAUGAAAGUCGACAAGCAUGUCUGUUAACUUGGCCAUCAAAAUCAUCAACAGAAACAUCAAUUGUACUUAAUUCACAUAUUGAUGUAGUACCUGUUUUUGAAGAACAUUGGAUGGUUCCACCAUUUUCCGGUGAAAUUCGAGAUGGAAAAAUUUAUGGACGUGGUACGCAAGAUAUGAAAUGCGUUGGAAUUCAAUAUUUAGAAGCUAUCCGACGUCUUAAAGCUGCUAAAUAUGAACCUAAACGAACGAUUCAUUGCUUGUUUGUUCCCGAUGAAGAAAUCGGUGGUGUACGUGGCAUGGGAAAAUUUAUAACACUUGAUGAAUGUAAAGCUUUAAAUAUUGGCUUUGUUCUUGAUGAAGGUUUGGCUAGUGAAACAGAUGUCUUUCAAGUUUAUUAUGGUGAUCGUUCUGUACUUUGGAUACAAUUUUUAGUUAAAGGUAAAACUGGUCAUGGAUCACGACUUAUUGAAAAUACAGCUGCUGAAAAAGCACAAUUUAUUCUUAAUGAAAUGUUAAAAUUUCGUGCUAAUGAAAAAGAAUGCUUAGAAAAAAGUGAAGCAACGGAUAACCUCAUUCAAUUAGGUAAUGUAACAACAGUUAAUUUAACAAAAUUAACUGGUGGUGUUCAACAAAACGUUGUACCUGAUCAAUAUUCACUUUAUUUUGAUUGUCGUAUUAAACCUGAUGGUUAUGAUGCUUUUAAGGAAUUUUUACAUGAUGUUAUUAAACGAACACCAAAAGAAAAUGAUGAUGAAGUAAUACUUCAUUAUGUACAAGAUAGUGGACGAGUCUGUAUUACUGAUGUUGAAAAACCAUCAUGGUGGCUUAAUAGUUUUAAACGAACAUGUGAACAAAUGAAAUGUAAAACAAAUUGGACUGUUUUUCCAGCUGCAACUGAUGGUAGAUAUUUACGUGGUGAAGGUUAUCCAGCAAUUGGCUUUUCACCAAUGAUAAAUACACCUAUUCUUUUACAUGAUCAUAAUGAAUAUUUACAUAAAGAUGUAUUUCUUCAUGGAAUUGAAAUUUAUGUUAAAUUAAUUGAAAAUCUUACGAAUGGUAAAUCAGCAUAG